AUGACAUUUCCUGAUGUGUUGAAGAGAGGUGAUGAAUUUCUAAAAGAAUACCCAAGGCAAAGUCGUAUGUGGAGGUUUCUUUCGUAUAGUACCUGUCUGAUCACUUUGGGAUUCUCUAAAUUAAUAAUGAGCACUUUUUACAACGUGAAAGUUAAUAAUCUAGACAAGUUGCAAGAUGCUCUCAAGAGGGCAGAGAAGGAGAACCGUGGUAUUAUGACUAUAAUGAACCACAUGUCUACAGUUGAUGAUCCGACGUUCUGGGCAGCAUUCCCUUGGAAGUUAUAUAAUUGGAACCCCGAUAAUGUCAGGUGGUGUCUCGGUGCAGAGAACAUUUGUUUCUCCAAUAAGCUCCUUGGAUAUUUCUUUUCUUUAGGACAAGUAUUGAGUACAAAAAGAUUUGGUGUUGGUCCCUUCCAAGGAUCAAUUGAUGCCUCUAUUAGAUUAUUGAGUCCCGACGAUACUAUUAACAUGAAUUGGACUCCUUGGGGACAAGUUAAGGAAUACUUUGCUCCAGCUGGUUACCAACCGCCAGUAAAGAGAAAUAAACCUGCAUGGGUUCAUGUCUAUCCUGAAGGAUUUGUGCUACAAUUACACCCUCCAUACGCCAAUUCAAUGAGGUAUUUUAAAUGGGGGAUCACAAGAAUGGUUUUAGAAGCCACUAGACCUCCCAUUGUUGUUCCUAUUUUUACUACCGGAUUUGAGAACAUCAUUAAUGAAGGCUCUAAAGAAUCAUUUUUCAAACAAAUUUGGAAAAGUAUUGGGACAGAAAUUAAUGUAACCAUCGGUGACCCGUUGGAUGACUCUAUUAUUAAUUUGGUUAGGGAGGAAUGGGAUGAUUUAGUUAAAAAAUUUUAUGAUCCUGAAAAACCAACUGAUCUUUCAACUAGAUUAAAAUACGGUGAAGAAGCACAACAACUGCGUAGUAAGGUUGCCGCAAUUUUGAGAGAUAAUGUUGCAAAAAUACGUGAUCAAGAAAGAAAAUUUCCACCUGAAGAUCCAAGAUUCAAAUCACCUGCUUGGUGGAAACGAUUCACAACUACAGAAGGAAAAUCUGAUCCUGAUGUAAAAUUCAUUGGCCAAAAUUGGGCAAUUAGACGACUACAAACUUUUUUGAAUAUUGAUGAAAAAAAGAAGCAUAACGAAGGAAAGAAUGAAGAGAAACCAAACCGCAAAGAAGAAUGA